CAAGGGUUAUGUAGUGGUUCUGACUUGUGAAUUCCAGUUUUGCAAGGUCUGUGUUAACAGGAUUUAAUGUAAGACUACAACAUUGUCUUGAUCUGAAUGUAAACAGGAACUUCCUACAAGCUAAUAUGGUUCGUCGAUCCCACAGACUGAAGCUGGGUCACACAAGACAGGAAAAAGACUGUAAGGAGACAAUAGAGCUGCAGAAUUUGUGUGCUACAAAUGGGAGAAAAGAGCUGUACUGUGGAGAACACAGGAGGAAACUAGAGUUGUUCUGUCAGAAGGAUGAGACUUUUAUCUGUGUUUUGUGUGUUCCCAGACAUUCCAAUCACAGAUUUGUGUUGGUACAUGAGGCAGUAAGUCUGUAUAAGGAAAAGUUGAAUACAGCUUUAACAUCCUUAGAAUCAAAAGUGAACAUGGCUUUAAUGUGUCUAGCAUCAAAAGUGAAAGGACUUAAGUAUUUCCAGAACAAGCAAGGCAACAGACUCAUUGAUAUACAAGAAGAUGCUUUUAGUUUGGAACAGUACAUUAAACAAGCAUUUGCAAAACUGCAUCAGUUUCUCCAAGGCAAGAAAAUGAAACUUGUUCAGCAGCUUACGAAUAAAGGGCACAUUGCAGAAAAUUUAAAAGACAUGGAAGAAAAAAAUAGGUGCAAUGAAAGUAAAGUUACAGCCACUCAAAGGACUGCAAACAACAACGUGGAGCUUCUAGAACAGGAGCCUAUAUGUUUGGGAGAAGGAGAUGCUUUUAGUCUGGAACAAUGCAUUAAACAAGAAUUUGCGAAACUGCUCAAGUCUCUCCUAGACAAGGAACACAAACUCAUCCAACAGCUUAAAAAUGAAGAAGCAAACUUUUUGAAUGAAAUGAGAGUAAAUCUUGAAUGCAGCAAACAUGAUGAUAGCGCCUCUUGCAUGGCAGUGUCUAAUGCUACCUUGGAUCCCAGCCAUAAAGAAUCAGAGAUACUGAAAGAAAAAUCUAAAUCCAUUGAAAGUUAUAUUACAAUGACUGAGGAGACAUUUCACAGUAACUUGGAGUUCAGACGACAGGAACCGGAUGGUUUGCUGACUGUACCAGAAACCUUUGAGGAUGUUACCAUCACUUUCUCAGAAGAGGAAUGGAAGAUGUUAAACAAACAUGAUAAGGAAAUCUACCGAGAAGUAAUGGUAAAUAACUAUGAGACCAUGGUUUCAGUAGGUUACAGAAUCCCCAAGAAGAAGUUAUUACUGCUAUUAAAAGCAAACAAUGAGAUGUCAGAAGGUGAUGUGGGAGAGAAAUAUGCGACGGAGAACAGGGAUAAUGUUAAAGGUAAUCACCGUUGUACCAGCAGCACCGAAUACAGCAUGAGUUACAAUCAGCAGUCACUGUUUGGGACAUCGCAGUUACAGCACCCAUCUAAAAAUCUGCAGCAGUGUCCUCAGCCUGUCAAGGGCCCUAACAAGGUUCAUCUCACUCCUGUGCCCCAGCUUAAUUCUGGUCCGAACUACAGCAAGAACUCUGAAUGUGACACAAGUAUGAGAUGUCACACAGGGACGAAACUAUGUAAAUGUACUGAAUGCUCUAGGAGUUUUACGCACAAGUCACAAAUGAAAUACAUUCCAAGCUCUCACAUAGGAGACAAACCAUAUAAUUGUACUGAAUGCGGCAAGCGUUUUAUGUAUAAGUCACAAUUAAAAUAUCAUGGAAUCUAUCACACAGGAGAGAAACCAUAUAAAUGUGUUGAAUGUGGUAAGUGUUUUCGACAGAAGGUACACCUAAAAUCCCACCAGAACUCUCACACAGGAGAGCGACCAUAUAAAUGUACAGAAUGCAGUAAAUGUUUUGCACGUUUUAGUCACCUUCAGUGUCAUCAAGCUAUUCACACGGGCGAAAAGCCAUACAAAUGUACUGAAUGCACCAAGUGUUUUAUAUGUAAGGCGCAAUUAAAAUGCCAUCAGUACUCUCACAUGGCAGAGAAAGUGAAUACAUGCACUGAAGGCAGUACCUGUUUCACAGACCUCAGUUCUCUUCAACUCUGUCACAUUACUCACACAGUAGAGAAACCAUAUAAAUGUACUGAAUGCAGCAAGUGUUUUUUGUAUCAGUCACAGUUAAAAUACCAUCAGAGCUACCACACAGGAGUUAGACCAUACAAAUGUGCCGAAUGUGGUAAGUGUUUUCGACAGAAAGUACAUUUAAAGAACCAUCAAGCCACUCACAGUGGAGAAAGACCAUAUAAAUGUGCUGAAUGCAGUAAGUGUUUCUUACGACGUUGCAGUCUUCAAUACCAUCAAGCUGUUCAUGCAGGAGAGAAGCCAUACAAAUGUAGUGAAUGCAGUAAGUGCUUUAUUUUUAAGUCACAACUAAAAUAUCAUCAGAGCUCCCACACAGACUUAAUUUCUUAAACUUUAGUCAUAUUCUGACUCGGGAAUGGGGUCCAUUCCUGCCACAGUGUUAGAAACUCAAAACAUUUGGAGAAAUUAAAAAAGAGAGGGAAACUAUAUAAAUGUAACAAAUGCCAUUUCUUACAACUCUUGUUUCUCCUCAUGUCCGUCAUGUUAUUUGCACAGGAGUACAGUGAGACACAAAAAAACACCAGGAUUUAAGGCAGAAAUGAGGGCAGUGUGGAAGAAGGAUACCUAUACAGUUCCAGUAGCAGUAGGAGCAAUGGGUCUUAUAAAAAAAAAAUGUAUAGUCAUAUUUAAAUAUGUUACUGGUACAUGUAACUCUGUAUGAAUUUUAGGAGUCACAUCUGAGCACACUGUGGGGGCUGCGGAGAGUACUUUUGGCUAACAUCAAAGAUUGAAACAAUACUUAUUUUAUGAACUUAAAUCAUAUUUUGACUUGGGAAUGGGGUCCAUUCCCCCCAUGAUAUUAGAAACCCAAAUGACUUGGAAAACCUAAACAGAAAGAAACCAUAUAAAUGUUGUAAGUGUUUUUGACAAGUGGUGCAGCAAAAAAAACUACCAGAGCUCUCAGACUAUCGCACAAUUUAAUUUCUCCCAAUCUGUCUCCUGUGCAGCAGCUCUGAUACUGUUUUAGUUGUCUGAAUAGAGAAUGGAACCACCACAUGAAAGAGAGUAAUGUUGCUGGAACUGAAUUCAUCCACAUAACUUGAUGAGUACCUUCACAUGGUUUACCUUGUUUUUACCAAUCUCAGCAAGAUGACGUUGAUAUAUAGACUGUAGUUUUGUAUUUCAUAGAUAAUGAUAAAAAAUAAAUAAAAAAGAAGACAGGUCCCAGGAUAAAUAUAAAAGGCCUGCUCCUGGUGUACACGCUGGUGUCAGGACUGAAAAAAAAAGGAAUUUAGAAACCUCAAAAUUGGAAACAUUUCUGCCACAGGGUUAGGCAGGACUUUGGUCAAAGGUGUUGCCCCCCCCCCCCACACACACACACACACACGCCCUAUGGUAGAAGGAAGUUGCCUAUAAAAAAAUAAACCAAUAGGCCAAGCAGGAGCCAAAAAGACAGUAAAGUGAACUUUUGGGGAUACAGACGAGAUUCAUAUUAUGCAAAAGAUUAAGCAUUUCAAGAAGUAGGAUAAAUAUGAAGAAUAACAGAAAAAUCAGUAAUAGACACACAUGAAAGUCCAGUUAGAAUUGCACAGCAAGGGAAAAGCAGGCAACCGAGAGCAGAUCAGCUGCCUUCAGUCCAGAAGUAAAUGAUCUAAGGGAAGACUUACUUGAUUUAAUACCAAUGAACAGAUAUAUGAAGAUAGCUGAACGAAAGAGAUUCCAGAAAGUAAAUAAGACCCAGAAUGUUAGAUGACUGGUAAAACAGAUGAACACAAGCAUUAGGACUGUUUAGAAAAAUCCAUGUGAAAGUAUGGAAAUCAAUAGGAUAUACAUCUGCACAGUUCAAUUAAUAGCAUAUAAUGUUAUUGCAAAAACAUAGUGCAGCCAAAGAAAACAAGUAGAAUGCCAACAUGUCAAAUGGACAAAACUAUACAGCAACUGAGACAAGAUGUCUCACUGUUAUAAGACUAUAGAAAAGGAAACGGAUAGUCAAACCUUCUUAGAAAGAUAGAUUUGGUAAAUGCAGCACAAUAUUAAAGCAAACCAGCAUUUGUCAUGCACUGUGUUACAUAGUAAACUAAAAUAGCAGCAGAAACUGUAAAACAUAGUAGGAAAGCAGACAGAAGUACAAAUCAAGCAGCUAACUGAUGAAUCAGAACGUUUUAUAGAGAAUUGGGAAACAAAGCAAAAGCAGUAGAAACACCUCCAAAAAAGAAGAAAUAUGCACUUUUUGGGAAAGCAUUCAUGAAGACACUGUUGAAGCUGUAAUAUGGAUGAUAUGAAAUGGGAAGAAGUAGCAACUAGAGAAACUGAGACAAAAGUAAGAAAAUCUCCAAAAUGGAAAACCCAUUUGAGAUGCAGUGCCGAACUUUUGCAUAAAGGUAUUAAAAUAUUUACACCAAGACUUUGCCUUCCAAUAGUAUAUAAAUUUUAUACUAGAAUUAAUUCAGACAGGGUUUAUAACCAUCUAGAAAAACAAUUCAAUCAUGACAAUAAAACAAAAAGGUAAUAAGAGAAAAUUAUAUGGAAAAAAUGGUCAUAUUUUGUUAAACAAAGCCAUAACAGAGAGUUGUAGUUAGGAGAAGAAUCUAAGUACGGCAUUGAUAGAUUACAGUAAAGCAUUAAAUAGUGUCCAACAUUCAUGGAUUAUGGAAUGCUUACAGGUAUAUAACAUAAUCCCUAGCAGUUACAUCACAGUGACUAUGAAACAGUGGUAAAUAACUUUGUAUCUGAGCAAUAACAAAAGGCUAAAAAUUAUUAACAUUCAAAUAGGGAUAUUUCUGGUUGACGUUUUGGCACCACUGCAGUUUUAGUUCUUCCCUUAAACCUUUAAGCUUAGCUUCCAGAAACCAACAUCUCAUCUACUUUUUGUGAAUGAUUUAAAACUGUAUAGUUCAUUAAAUGAGGAUCUGAAAGUGCAACUACAAAUGAUUAAAUAUUUCUCAGAUGAUCUAAGAAUGACAAUUGGUUUUCGUAAAUAUGUAAAAGCAACAUUUAUAAAACAAAAUAAUGGCACCAAGACAAUAACAACAUGGGCCAUGAGUGUGAUAUAAAGGAACCUGAGCAGGAAGCCAUGUAUAAAUAUUUGGGUAUAGAUGAAUUGUCGGUAAUAAAACAUGAACAAAUGAGAACAAAGCUUAGUAAGGAAUACUUCAGAAGACUAAAAUUAAUAUUGACAACUGCCCUAACAUUUAGAUAUAAAGUUCAAGCUGUAAAUUAAUUUGCUCUUUGUGUUCCAAUGUGCAGCUUUGCAGUGACUGACUGUCCCCAAACAGCACUGAAUCAGAUGGACAGGAAAACAAGAAAAAUGCUUCUCCCUCUGAAGGAGGGAUGGGCCUCCUUGAAAUUGACUGCAUGUAUAUGUCUGCAUUUGUGGAGCUUCACACACAUAUUUGUGACCUCAUCAGAGCUAAACAUUAAAAGUCAUAACACAUAAGGAGAAGCCUAAGGUGACAUCUUUGUUUAGUUUAGCAGAAACAUUCCAGAAAGGAGUGGGAAUGGAAAUCAAAGCAGACAUGGGCAAGAAGCAGACAUAAAUAUAGUGCCUAGUAUAGGAAAGUUGUGGAACAGCCAUAUGUUGACCAAGAUUUGAUGAAGAAAUGGUUAAGGAGAGGUGAAUUUAAACCAAAAGUUGAAAAUCUAAUAAUGGUGGCCCAAGAUAGUGGCCUUGUAGCUUACAAAGUCUAUAAAAAUGUAGGAGAAAGACAAAUGCAGGUUGUAAAAAGCAAAAUUGGAAACCGUCACACGUCUCAUUGCUGGUUGCUAUGUACUCAUGGCUGCUGAGGGUUUAUAUACUGAAAAGCAUAGUAAUGUGGUAAGACUGUCGUAUUGGGGAUUGUGCAAACACUACAGAAGUAGCUGAGAAGUAUUGGAACGCAGAUCAUUAUUGACAGCGAUGAAGUACCAAAAGCUGAGAAAAUAGAUGCAAGAUAACCAGUUAUAGUAGCCCAAGAAAAUAACGACAAACAUAGCAUUAGUUAUUGAAAGUGUUACAUCUAAUGAUUACAGUGUCUUACAUACUGAGUGACAAAAGUGAUAAAAUACCAGGAUUAUUAAGCAGAAAAAAUGAGAACAAUGUGGAAGAACGAUACCCAGUUAGUUCUAAUAGUAGUAGGAGCAGUUGGCCUAAUAAAAAUAAUUUACAAUCUUACUUAAAUAUACAACCAAUAAACAUAACUCCAUAUGAGUUAUGGAAGGAGGCAGUUCUGGGCACAUUGCAGGGGCUGAGAAGAGCAUUCCUGGCUAACAUCAAAGACUGAAACAAUACUAAUUUCAUGAACUCAAAUCAUAAGCUGCCUUAAGAAUGUGGUCCAUUCCCAUCAUGGUAGUAGAAACCCAAAUCACUUGGAAAAAUUAAAAUGUGGAUGAAGAGAGAACAAAGAAUAACAUUCUUAGCAAACAUCAAAGAUUGAAGCAAUACAAAUUUCCUGAACUUUGAUUAUUCCCUGAGUUAACAAUGGGGUUCAUUCAUCUCAAGGUAAUAGGAACCCUAAUCAGUUGGAGAAAUAAAAAAAGGCUGAAACCAUACAAAUGUACUGACUGCAGUAAAUGCAAUUACAAAUACAAUUUAAACAAAUACAACCAAAGACAAGUAGAAAUCUAUCGGAGAAGCACUGAAUAGACAGAGAACUAUCAAGCAACUGAGGCAAGCGCUGUCUUUACUGGAAGAUAAUAGAAAAGGGGAUAAAUCAUUAAAACUAUUAGAAAGUUGUGGAAAAAGCAAAACACAACAUCAAAACAGAUCUGGAUUUAUUUUUCAUUAUUUUAAUUAUAAAUUAAAAUAUUAGCACAUGUAGAACAACUUUAGAAGAAGUAUAACAAUUUUGAGGACAAGUAUAAAACAAGCAAUUAAUUGAUCCAAAAAUGUUUUAAAGAGAACUGAGAAAGCAAAUAACAGCAAUAGUAACACCACCUAAAAAAGAAAAAAAAAGUGUGCAUUUUGAAGAAAUGUUUCUAAAUAUCCUCUCAGACAUAACAAAGACGCCAAAUGAAUUAAGAAUCUUCUGCAGGAGCAUCCUGACUCUUUGAAUUAAGAUGCCAAAUGGAUAGAAGAGUUAAAAGAAGCAAUAAGAAAUGUUAAUAUGGAGGCUAUGAAAUGGAUUGACAACAAAGAAAUUGAUAUAAAAUUAAGAAAAGGCUCCAAACUGGAAUAUCCCAGGUCCAGAUCCAGUACGCAGCUUCUGGCUAAAUGUAUUAACAUCUAUUCCCAGUGUUUUAGCCCUAUGUAAAAUUAUGUAUAUGUGCACCCUGAACAUAUCCCCACCUAGUAGAGAACAGGAAAAAUAAACAUAAUGCCCCUGUAAGAGUGGACCUAUAAGAAAUACUACAAACUACAGACAAAUAACUUGCCUUCUGAUGAUAUAUAAAUUAUGUAACAGAAAAAAAUGAAUCAUAGCAAUAAAUCAGAAAUGCAAUAAGACCAUGAGGAACAAGGAUUUGUUUAUUAUUAAACAAAGCCGUUACAGAGAGAUGUAAAAUGGGUGGAAUCAGAGUAUGGCAUUGAAUAGAUUACUAAAAUAUGUUCAAAGUAUUCCAUACCCAUGGAUUAUGGAAUGCUUGCAGAUGUGUAAAUCACACCAUUCACUAAUGAAUUGUAUAACAGUCGCUAUGAAAUCGUAGAAAACCCCUUUACAUCUAAGUCAUAAUAAAGGACAAAUUACUAUCCUAGGGAUAAAAAUCCAAAGAAGGAUAUUUUGUAUCGUCUUUAACUCAUUAAGCUAUUUAUUUAACAGAGUGCGCUAUGGCUACAGCUUGACUUUAGAAAUCAGUCUUGCCAAAUGACAUCUCACCUACUUUUGUGGAUAAUUUAAAACUGCAUUUCUGAUCAGACUAACAAUCAAAAAUACAAUUAAAAAUGGUUACAACUUGUUCAGAUGAAGUAUGAUUACAUUUGGUCUAAAUGUCAGUCUGGGAGAAGAAUGUGACAUAAAAUAACUUGAACAGGAGUGAGUAUAAAAAUAACUCUAAGUAGAUGAAGGAUUAGAAAUACAGGAUAAACAAAUGAGAACAAGCUUUGCAAAAGUAUUUUGAAGGAUUAAACUUAUAUUAGUCUUUUAGUUGGCACAGAGGCUUAAGUCAGUGAGCUUUACUUCCUGUGGUACAGGGUUUGAUCCCAUCAACCCUCCAUUGCCUACCGUGUGAUAAUGACCAAGUCCAUUAAUCAGACCUUGCUUCUAGGUUGUCCAUGUAAAGGAGCUGUGUCCAGUGGACCUCCCUGGUUAACAAAUGGGUAUUAAAACCUGCUUUAUCCAUUUCUUUGUUGCGGUUUGUUUAAUGGUUGAGUGAUCUGGUCUACAGACCCUUUGUAAUCAUGAUCUGUGUACUUGACAGUACAGUAUUAAGCACAGUGUUAAUAUUGACAGUGCAAGUUCAGCAUAUAACAACAUGACAGGCAACUCAAAUCAUAUAUAGCAUGUAUGUAGAGCACAGUAAAAAAGGUGUAACAAGCAAAUGUAAAACACUUGCAGUAUGUAUGCACAAAGUAGAUUUUAGGGUAUAAAAGUUAACAUUAUUCAGUAGAAUGGAUAUUUACAAACAGUAUCUAGGAACUGUUUGUUUUAACAUCCAGGAAUAAAGUACACACUAUAAAUCAGCUACUCCUCAUGUUUUUACUUCCAGUUUUUGUGCAAUUGACAGGCCUCAAAAAAGUGUUGGAUCAGUUGGACCUUCAAAUUACAAAGGAUAAGUGGUUUUGUCCAUUGUUGUACACAGACUUCAUCAGAUCUGAUGAAGUGUACGUAUAUCAAUGGACGAAAGCACUUAUCAUUUGUAAUUUGAAGAUUUUAACAUGGUUUAUUAAACAGUUACAAACAAAUAUCAAUGUGUGGUUUGCCACAUUGUUGUUCCAAUACUUUUGGAUCCUUUAGAUCAAAUUAGUAAAUAAUUUAAUUUAAUUUCCUUCAGUUUAGUGCUUUUGUCCUCAUACCAAUAACUUCAUCAGAACUGAAGCUUAACAAAAUGCAAUACAUCUAAAUGCACACAACCAUAGUAAUGUCAUUCAUAAACCAACCAAUGACAAUCUACAUACAUAUAUAUUCAUUCCCCUGUACCCAUAAAUAAACUCUAAUUAUUGAUACUAAUUUUUUAGAACUAUAUCCUGAGUAAUUGAUAAAUAUUACAUGCAGUAAAAUACAUACAAACACAUAUUUGUGAGAACUGAUGAAUUAAAAACAGUCUUUCUUGAAAAUGACUAUAUGAAGAGGUAUAUAAUCAUGGGACUGGUUAUACUUUUGCUCACAUCAUAUUCAAAUAUAGUGAAAGUCCUAAACCAUGAAAAAACCAAGUCUAAGAUAACAUAUGAAUUGUUUUAGUGUUGUUUUAGUCGCUUUUCUGUAUACAUAGAUGUUUCUGUAUAUGUAGACUAGCUUCUUAUUCUACUGUAUUACUGCCUCUUAAAUCAUUUUUCAGUUGUGCA